AGCAGCCCCUUCUGACCAAAAAACACAGCAGCCCCACGUGACCCUUUUUUCUUCCCCCAUUUCACAGCAAGUUCCAAGCCUUCGCAUAUAACUAGGGUUUCUACAUGCAAGGGAGAUUGUGCCUUCACCGUGCGAGCAAAACCGCCGAGCAGCACCCCAUUGUCGUCCCUGCACACCCCUGCUACUGAUCUGUUGUUAGUUCCUGGUGUGAAGGCUCCGUCGACAUUAAUUUUCACCCAUCCCGGCGGUCUCCAUCUUACAGGAUUGACUCUUGGAUCAUAAACUCUCUCGGCAAUUUCCCAAGAUCUCGCUAGAGCCGGAGCAGCCCCCUUCGAAAUGUGGCCUCCAUUGCUAUGUCUCCUCUCAUUCACGGCAAUAUUCACCUGCGCUCGCGGCGGCGGUGACGAUCCCCUCAAUCUUAACCUUCAACAUCACCAUACGGUGGGACAUCGUGUCGUGGACGCCGGACGGCUACGUGGCAUCGGUCGACAUCAUGAACUACCAGCAAUAUCGGACGGUGACGGAGCCCGGCUGGCGGCUGGGGUGGACGUGGGCCCGGAGGGAGGUCAUAUGGAGCAUGGUCGGGGCGCGGCCGCUGCGCCAAGGAGAUUGCUCUUCGUUCAAGGACGGCAUACCCGCAUCCUGCACGCGCAGCCCCACGGUCGCCGACCUGACGGCUAAUAAUAUGCCCUCGAGGGAAAAGAUCAACGGCUGCUGCAAGGGGGGAGUCCUGUUGACCCAGUUCCAGGAUGCACGGAAGUCAGUAGCAAAGUUUCAGAUCGCCGUGGGGGCUGCAGGAACGACGAGCAAGACGGUGCAGCUGCCCAAGAACUACACGCUGGCCGCCCCGGGGGGCGGCGGGUACUCUUGCUCGAGCGCGAAGAUCGGGCCGCCCACCAAGUUCUUGUCUAAGGAUCGGAAGAGGGUCACUCUAGCCAUGAUGACGUGGCAGGUGGUGUGCCGCUACGCUCCGCCGCGGGGAUACAAGCCGCCGUGCUGCGUGUCCCUGUCCUCCGACCAAGGGAUGAAGGUCCCGUGCGCUACGUGUGCGUGCAGCUGCAAGCCCUCCGACGCCAAGUCGUGCGCGCCGAGUUCCGGCAAAACGGAACGUGGGAAAUCGCCGGUCGAGUGCACCAACCACAUGUGCCCCAUCAACAUAAAUUGGCACUUGCUGUCCAAAAGCAAAGGAAGCGUUCGGUGGUUUGAGGUGUCGAUCUCGAACCUGAAUCGCCACGCAAAUUACACGGAUUGGAUCCUCAUGAUUCAGCAUCCGGCGUUGCAAAAGUUUGUCAAUGCCAACACGAACUACUGGUCGCUGCCGUCCGAGCUAGGGAGCAUGGACGUGCUGUGGGGGAUCGAAAACUACGAUCAAGGGCUAGGGCCACUCGGAAGCGGUCGUUCCACGGCGAAGUUUGUAAUAAGUUACAAGGGGAGUCCUGGAAAUUGGAACUUCUCGAGCAAUGUCUUCUUCAAUGGCGAUCGGUGCACCAAUCCGCCUCUACCUCAACGAGGCUCCUCAACAUGAAUGCCUCUUGUUUUUUAACCCGGAACGUUGUUUUUCUUUUUCUCCCAUUUUGUUGCCUAUAUCCGAGACUAAUUAAACAUGAGAGGGCAUCAUUGUAUGACCUCUGAGCUUGUUUGAUCAGACUGCAUAAUUAAUAACUCCUCCAGACAUAAGUACUGGAAUUUCAACUUUUGUCUUCAAGUACUGAAAAUACAGGCAAAAGAAUUUGUUUGGUAA